GUUUAAAGACCACUAUGCUUACUCCGUUGUUAACGCGUUUGUGCGCCAUUGGACUUUGCCACUGAAUCUAUUAAUAUAUAUAUAUAUAUAUAUAUGUAUAUAUAUGCACAUGAGUGGAAUGUGCGCUGAUGCUUAAGAUGCGAUCCAACAGGAGCUCCAGGAAGUAGUUACGUCUCUCAGCGGAUUAAGGUUAAUUUUGUAUCGUGCGAAGGGACCCGUGAGGGAAAGUAAAGAGACGGAGCAGACGGUUGACGGUUAUCUCCCCUCAUAUCUCAGUACAGGAGUCAUCCGGGGAGGUUACAUACGGAUGCUGUGCCGGCUACGAAGUAGACUAACACGAGCAGAAACUCACGAAACGAGUCCGGAGCAAGCAGCCGCUCCAACUGCAUUAUGCCUGAUACUUGAUAAUUUAUGUUAUCUCAUGAGCGCAUUAUACAACGUCUUUAUCGCUACGAGGCAAAUUCAUUGCGAAACCGUUGGAACGGACGUGUUGCUGGCGAAAGAAACAUGAUAAGAAUAUCAAAGUGUAGGUUCCCUUACGCGUGUAAUUGUUUGUCGUAAUAAUAUCUCCAUAAGUCGGUCUGUGAUAACGGCAGAAUCGGAUGUAGGAAAGAGAGAGGGAGAAUAGAAAGCGUGGUGAGAAGAAGCGAUCGACACGAUGACGGAACACGAGCAGAACGCGAUGUUUGUGCGCGUGGCGUCGGCAUUCUUUUACGGGCUGUCGUCGUUUAUGAUCACCGUCGUCAACAAGACCGUGCUCACGUUGUACGGCUUCCCGUCCUUCCAAGUGUUAGGCAUCGGCCAAAUGUUGGCGACGAUACUGGUGUUGUUCGUCGCCAAGAGGCUACGUUACGUCGAGUACCCGAACAUGGAAGCGACGACCUGCACGAAGAUAUGGCCGUUGCCGUUGAUCUACAUCGGCAAUAUGAUUUUCGGACUGGGCGGCACGAAGCAGCUGAGCCUGCCGAUGUUCACUGCGCUUAGGCGAUUCAGCAUACUCAUGACGAUGAUCGCCGAGUACUACAUCCUCGGCAUCAAGGCGCGACUGUCCAUACAGCUGAGCGUCUACACCAUGAUCCUGGGCGCGGUGGUGGCUGCGUUCAACGACCUGGCCUUCAAUUUGGAGGGCUACAUAUUCAUCUUGUUGAACGACUUCUUCACCGCUGCCAACGGCGUGUUCAUGAAGAAGAAGCUAGACUCCAAGGAGCUAGGGAAGUACGGCCUGAUGUAUUACAAUUCCCUGUUCAUGCUCGGCCCGACAGUCCUGUUGGCCUGGUGGAUGGGCGACAUCGCUCAGACACUAGACUUCCCCAACUGGACGGAUCCAAUGUUCAUCCUGCAGUUCAUCCUGUCGUGCGUGAUGGGCUUCAUACUGUCGUACAGUAUGAUCCUCUGCACGUUGUACAACUCUGCGCUAACUACCACCAUAAUCGGAUGCCUGAAGAACAUAUGUGUGACGUAUCUGGGUAUGGUGAUCGGCGGGGACUAUAUAUUCUCGUGGCUGAACUUUGUGGGACUGAACUUGAGCGUGAUAGGUAGCUUGGUGUACACCUGGGUGACGUUCCGCAAGAGAGACACUCUGUCGCCCAAGUUCGCCCUGCUGACCGAGUCGCAGGCCAGCAAGAUACAGGCCAAUAAAUCACCACGCGUACACAUGUGCUUGGGUCAAACGUGUUCAACUACCUCUCGCUCGGUUUUUUCAGGCCGUUUCGCGACUACCUCGACUAGCAAGACAUUCUUGGAGGAUUAUGCCAAGCACCGUGUAUCGUUAUCUCCUCUGCAGCGUGUGCUGCUCACGGCGGGCUCGGCGGCGAUUUCGUUGGCGAACCCGCAUCGGGGAGACAUGAUAGCGUGUCUCGGGGAGAUCACAGGCACGAACGCCCUCGUGCAUUGUCAUCGAAUGCUGAAGAGCACGGCCGAGGGUCAGCGUAUACUCGAGCAAAAGCCACGCAUAAACACGUCCACCGUCGAUCUGUCUUACCUCAAAGACUUGCCGCCAGGAACCGUCGGCAGAAUUUACCGCGAUUUCUUGGAUAACAAUAAUGUAUCACCCGACGAUCGAAUGACUGUGCGAUACGUCGACGAUACCGAGCUGGCGUACGUGAUGCAACGAUACCGUGAGGUGCACGAUAUCUUUCACGCUGUCCUCUUGAUGCCGACGACGAUGCUGGGAGAGGUGUCGGUUAAGUGGGUGGAGGCCUUGCAGAUGCACCUGCCGAUGUGCGUGGGCGCCGCGAUAUUCGGGGCCAGUCGGCUACGUCCUAGGCAGAGGCAAUUGUACUUGAAGCAUUAUCUGCCAUGGUCCGUUGACACGGGCAGGAAGGCGAAGUUUCUGCUGGGUGUCUAUUACGAGGAACGCUGGGAACAGUCCCUCGAAGAUCUCCACAAGGAAAUGAACAUCACGCGUCUCGUGUGAUGAUAGUCUAACGUCUAGUUUUCGUCACGCACUAAACAAUAACAGUUAUUGUGAUAAUUAGUGAAAUUUGUUAUUUUAUAUCAAUGAGAAAUAAAGCUUCGCGACACACGUUCAUUCGCCCACCUACA